AUGACCGAAUCUUGGGAUUCUGAUCCCGACCUCAUCUUCCCCGAAGGACCCUUAACACUCUUACAUUCAGAUACCGAAGGUGAAGCUGAAACUUCGGGCUCUUCUAUCUCUGCACUCUUUAGUAAUGGUAGGCAGAGUCCUAGCUCACAUGGUGUCGAAGAUGAAGAUGUAGAUGAUCAUUGGACACAUCAACCAGAUCAACUCAACAAGGAUGGUACACUCAGACUCAGGGAUGGACUCUUACCCAUACUUGAACAACAUCGCGAUUCACCCGAAGCUCAUCAUCUACUAUCUUCAUCAGGUGAAGAGAAAGAUACUAGUGCUGAAGAUUCUUUCUCAUCAAAUAGCUCAUCCGAACGUCAAUCAACUAUCAAGGCUUCCCUUCUUCUUCCACCUGCCUCUUUUUCAUCAUUAUCAUCUACCAAUCCUCAUCCUUCAAUUCGUUCUCAAAAUCGUAUCGACUCGGUGGUUCUUUCGGUGCUUGCUUCAGGUGCAAAGGGUACCGUGACUAAAUUGGAACCGAGUAAAAAAGCUAGCCCAAUUCAAGCUGGCAUCGAUUGGGAUGAAGAUCUUGUCUUACCUGAUUCUGGUUUACCUAUUCGAGAUCGAGAAAAGACUUUGAAGAGUAAAGCUAGUUUUGCUAGUGGGAUCAGUGAUGAAGUUGAUGAUCCAUUUAGUGAACCUCUGGUAGAAGGCGUUAAGAGUGGUACCACCCAAAAACUUGAUCAAUCUACUUCAGAGCUCCCUUCUAGAGCUCAGGUCCGACAGCUUUUAUCUAAACUGAAGCCUGAUUCGGGUCGCGUCGAGGAUGAUUUUGCAGAUGAUUUUGAAUUACCUCCCACUGUUCAGCACUUGAAGUUGAGCUGUACCACUCCCGUCAAACCUCAGCCUUUCUCGAAUUUGACCCCAAAUCAACAAAACAACGCCCCAACACGGGUCCCCGAACGCGAGCAGGCGGAGGUUCUCACCGAGGUCACGCUGCUGAUGACUCUACACCAAAAGUUCGAAAUCGUCCCAGUCUCACUCCUAGUCUUAUGA